AUGGAGGAUGAAAACGAGUAUAAGAAGCUACCGACAGAGGAGAAAUGUGUUCACAAAUUGUGGAAGGCUCGAGUUGCAGGAUAUGAGGAGGCCAUCAAACUCUUCAAUCAGAUUGAUGAUGAGAAAUCACCAGAGUGGAAUAAGUAUUUGGGACUGAUAAAGAAGUUUGUCACUGACAGCAAUGUCAUGGCUCAGGAGAAAGGGUUGGAAGCUGCAUUGGUGUUUGUAGAAAAUUGUGGUCAUGCUGGAAAGACCACAGGGGAAGUAAUGUCUGGAAUUGUCACAAAAUGCAUUGCAGCUCCUAAAACAAAAACAAAAGACCUUGCACUACAGGUAACACUAAUGUAUAUUGAAAUAGAAAAACAUGAAAUAGUUGAAGAAGAACUAUUGAAAGGAAUGGAACAGAAAAACCCUAAAGUGGUUGCUGCCUGCAUAGUUGCUCUUACCACAGCUCUAAAACAAUUUGGCAAUAAAGUAAUAGCUAUUAAACCAAUGGUCAAGAAAAUACCCGUUUUACUUGCAGACAGAGAUAAGACUGUGAGAGACGAAAUGAAGGCAUUAGUUAUUGAAAUGCAUAGAUGGAUCGGAGCUGCGAUAGAACCACAUAUUGCAAGCCUACAAGCAGUAGUCCAGCAAGAGCUAAGAGAAUCAUUUAGUACUGGAGGAGGUGCCCAGCCCACCCGAUAUCUUCGCUCACAGCAGCAGAGAGUGCGAGAUACACAGGCUGCUGAUGCUGUUGAUGGCGGAGGUGAUGACGACGACGCUGAAACGGGCGGUGGAGACUCCGCUGAUAUGGAUCCCUACGAUCUUCUUGACCCUGUGGAAAUCUUGUCAAAAUUACCUAAAGAUUUUUACGAUAAACUAGAGGCAAAAAAAUGGCAAGAACGCAAAGAAGCUCUUGAUGCAUUGGAGGUGCUUCUAAAGAAUGCCCCCAAGUUGGAACCAGGAGACUAUGCCGAUUUGGUCAGAGCUUUGAAAAAGGUUAUAACAAAAGACAUAAAUGUGAUGUUAGUUGCACUUGGUGGACGAUUACUCGGAAUGGUAGCUAGUGGCCUUCGAGGAAAAUUUCAGCCUUAUGCAGUUGCUUGUGUGCAAGCUAUUCUGGAGAAAUUUAAAGAGAAGAAGGCCAAUGUUGUAACUGCUUUGAGGGACGCCAUUGAUGCUAUUUACCCUUGUACUAAUUUAGAAGCGAUAAUGGAAGACAUGCUAGCGGCGUUUGACAACAAGAAUCCAUCGAUAAAAGCAGAAAGCGCCUUAUUCUUAGCGCGUGCGUUGUGCCAUACUCAGCCGGCAGCGUUCAACAAGAAACUAAUAAAGGCUUAUGUUGCUUCUUUACUCAAACUGUUGGAAAGUGCAGAUCCCGUGGUUCGAGACGCGGCGGCAGAGGCGCUCGGUACUGCAACUAAGUUGGUUGGAGAGAAGAACAUUGCGCCCCAUAUUGGUAAAUUGGACAAUUUGAAAGAGCAAAAAAUUAAGGAAUUCGCUGAAAAGGCUGUAAUCCAAGUUAAAGUAGCUGCACCCAAGAAGGAAGUCAAACCGAAGACUACACCAGUGGCUGGCAAAGGAGACACCAAGGCAUCGGCAGGCUCGAAUCAGCCCAAGUCUGUGAAACGACCCACCACAGGAACUAAAAAGCCAGCUACAGGUGCAAAAAAAACUGCAGCUAGGGCACAACCCAGCCCGCCAAGGGAACAGGAGUUAUCUCAGGAAGAAGUUGAUGCCAGAGCAGAGAGAUUGUUUGCAGGAGAUGUACUUACAGGCUUAGGAGACGGCAAUUGGAAGAACCGACUUGCAGCUGUCCAAAGCCUCUAUUCAACUAUACAAGGGUUGACUACCGAUGACACUUCAGCACAGGUUCUGUAUCGCACUCUAAACAAAAAGCCUGGCCUUAAAGAUACUAAUGUGCAAGUAUUAAAAGCCCGCUUAGAAGCUUGCAAGUAUAUAACAGAAAAUUUUCCGAUAUCCACCAUAGCAGCAGACUUCGUACUUCAAGACGUUGUGGCGAAGCUCGGGGAAAGUUCAUGUUCAACCAUAUCUGCGGAGUGCCUCACUGCCUUUGCUGAAGGAUGUGGACUAGAGCAUGUUUUGAAUGAAGGUUUGACUUACGCCAUGGACUUACAGAAAAACCCGAAAGUCCAGUCGGAAAUGUUUAAUUGGAUGUCCGUUGCUAUCAAAGAGUUUGGGUUUACGAUGAAUGUAAAAUCAAUCGUCGCACAUUCCAAGAAAGCGCUCGCUGCGACAAACCCUAAUGUACGAACGUCGACUGUCAACUUUCUUGGAAUAUUGUCACUCUAUGUUGGGCCAUGCCUUAUAAAUCACUUCGAUAGUGAGAAGGCCGCUACUAAACAAUUGAUAGGUCUUGAACUGGACAAAUAUGCUAAUAGCACGCCGCCAACACCUACACGACAAAUGGGACGAGUUAGUAAGUCUGCAAGUAAAGGUUCAGUUGGUGACGAAUUGGAAGACGGAUGCGAGGAUGCUACAGAAGAGGAACCUGCUGUGGUGGAUGAUAAUAGACCGCGUACCGACAUUGCUCCACUCAUUACCGAUGCGCUUAUAAGUGAAAUAAAUGAUAAAAACUGGAAGGUGCGUAAUGAAGGUCUUGACAAAUUAAAAGCUAUUAUCACUGCCUCGUCCCCUAUCAAGGCAACUCUAGGCGAGUUACCAGCAUCUUUAGCUGCAAGAUUGGUGGACUCGAACUCAAAACUUGCCCAGAGCGCACUGCAUAUAUGUGAAUCUCUUGCCGUUGCAAUGGGGCCAAAAUCAAAACAACAUGUGCGCACAUUCUUCCCAUCAUUUUUCCAAGCCUUUGGUGAUAGUAAGCAAUGGAUCCGAUCGGCUGCCGUGUCGUGCGUUGAGACGUGGUGUCGCGAAGCAGGCCCUCAAACGCCCUUCGAAGGCGAAAUGAUAUUUGACGCCUUAAAAUCAGGCUCCCCUGUACUGAGAGCGUCCUUGCUGCAGUGGUUAGCUGAUCAUCUUCCUAAUGUGGCGCCGAAAUCGUUCGCCCGGGAGGAGUUGUCUGUGUGCGUGCCGCUGCUGUUCGCUUGCCUGGAGGACCGCUCGGCCGACGUGCGCAAGGCGGCCGCCGACUGCGUGCUGCCCUUCAUGUUGCACCUCGGCUACGAGCCCAUGCACAAGCACCUCGACAAGCUUAAGCCUGGCUCAAAAACCGUUGUUCAAGCAGCUUUAGAUAAAGCGAGACCCAAUCUCCCUGUUCAACCUUUACCAGCUAAAGCCAAAAAAGAUGAACCAAAAGGAGUCAAAUCAGGAGGCGCACUUAAGAAAGAUUCUGAGAAAAAAGUCUCACAGCCCGUUAAAGGAAAGGGCCCCGUUAAACCUUCGUCAGCAUCUAGUCGUGGAAAGAAAGAGGAUGAAGACUGCACUCCAUUGCUACCUAAUAAUAACUCUAAAAAUCAGAGAAUCAUUGAUGAUCAGAAGUUAAAAGUUUUGAAAUGGAACUUCACGACUCCACGCGAGGAAUUCUUUGACUUGUUGAAAGAACAAAUGGCUAGUGCCGGUCUCAAUAAGCAGCUCGUCGCCAACAUGUUCCACAGUGACUUCAGAUAUCACUUGAAAGCAAUUGAAGCUCUGUCUGAGGAUCUUAAUGAGAAUGGCCCGGCACUCAUGGCUAACCUGGACCUUGUUCUCAAGUGGUUGACACUACGCUUCUUCGACACAAACCCUUCUGUCAUAUUGAAGGGACUUGAAUACCUUUCUCUGGUUUUCCAAUACCUCAUGGAUAAUGACUACACUAUGGCUGAAUAUGAGGCUAAUUGCUUUAUUCCAUACCUUGUGCUUAAGGUUGGAGAUCCAAAGGAUACUGUUCGAAACGGGGUAAAGGCUUUGUUCCGGCAGAUUUGCGUUGUUUAUUCCGUAACAAAGUUAUUUGGAUACCUCAUGGAAGGGCUAAAGUCGAAAAAUGCAAGACAGCGAGCUGAGUGCCUGGAGUGCAUCGGGCACCUGGUGGAGACGUACGGCUCGACGGUGAUGGCGGGCGGCUGCGGCGCUGCGCUGCGCGAGCUGGCGCGCCACAUCGGCGACCGCGACAACGCCGUGCGCUCCGCCGCGCUUAACGCGGUCGCCAGCACCUACUUCCUCGAGGGAGAGAAGGUCUACAAGAUGAUCGGACAGAUAUCCGACAAAGAUCUUUCGUUACUUGAAGAAAGAAUAAAACGUGCGAGCAAAAGUCGCAGCGCGGAAGCGAGAAGGUCCAUGUUGGUGCCUCUGUCAGCUUCUGGGAAACCCAUACAACCUAUGCCCGAGGAUGAACCACCAAGGCGUGUGAUAUCGGUUGAUAGCGUUCCAGCCGCGGAAUAUGAAGAAGAAGAAGUUGAGGAACAACCACCUCCUCCUGUUGCGCAACCUGCGACCGCCGAGCCUCGCGUGGUGUCGGGCCCGUUCGGGCUGGACCCCGAGCUGAUCGCGCAGCUGGACGCGGCCGUGCCGGUGACGCGGCGGCCCGCACUGCCCGAGAUCGACCUCAAGUUCCUAGACGAGCCCGUGCCCGCCGCCGCCGUGCGCCCGCUGCCCGCGCUCUCCACGCCCGCUCAGUCCGCACACCCCGCGCGCAACAACAUGGUGACGAUGUCUCCACCUCGACAUAUGACGCCGCAUCCACUAGUGUCGACACAGCACACGCAGCACAAUCAAACAUCCGUUGACGAUUCACAGCUUGCAGAUACUAUACACUCUAUAGCCAGUCCCGACCUUAAUGCGGCUAUCCGCGCGCUGUCGCUGAUCUCGGGCGCGUUGGUGUCGGGGCGCGGCGCGGCGCUAGGCGCGCACGAGGCGCGGCUGGUGGCGGCCAUCGCGGCGCAGCUGCGGCGCCUACGCACCGCGCCGCACGCCGACGCGCAGCACACGCUGCCCGCGUACAAGUGCCUCGCCGGGGCGCUCAACACCGUCAGUAUUGUUGUAUUGUCACUAGCUCCUCCCCGCGGCUCCGCACGAACGCGGCUGGUGGCGGCCGUCGCGGCGCAGCUGCGGCGCCUACGCACCGCGCCGCACGCCGACGCGCAGCACACGCUGCCCGCGUACAAGUGCCUCGCCGGGGCGCUCAACACCGUCAGUAUUGUUGUAUUGUCACUAGCUCCUCCCCGCGGCUCCGCACGAACGCGGCUGGUGGCGGCCGUCGCGGCGCAGCUGCGGCGCCUACGCACCGCGCCGCACGCCGACGCGCAGCACACGCUGCCCGCGUGCAAGUGCCUCGCCGGGGCGCUCAACACCGUCAGUAUUGUUGUAUUGUCACUAGCUCCUCCCCGCGGCUCUGGCGCGCACGAACGCGGCUGGUGGCGGCCGUCGCGGCGCAGCUGCGGCGCCUACGCACCGCGCCGCACGCCGACGCGCAGCACACGCUGCCCGCGUACAAGUGCCUCGCCGGGGCGCUCAACACCGUCAGUAUUGUUGUAUUGUGACUAG